GGCAAACAAUUGAGCCUUAUUGAUACCUGGUCUUAUCUUGAAGAUAUUUUUAAUAAUUUAAAGGUGUACUUUUAUUUCAGUAAAGUUAUAAUUAUAAUAAUAACUAUAAUUUAUUAUUAUAUUAUUAUAUUUUCUGAGUAUAUAUUUAAUUAUAUAUAAAACUAAAUAUUAUAUAAAUAAUCAAACUAUUUAAUAUUAAAAUAAUAAUAAUAAUCAUUAUUAUUGCAACUUUAUUGAAAUAAAAGUAUACCUUCAAAUUAUCGCAGUUAUCAGAAAUAUCUUGAAAAUAUUUAUCACAAAAGAUGUCUUGGGUUUCUACAAGAUAUCUUCGAAACAUUUCGGGUAUCUCAAAAUGUUCCACAAAAUAUAAUCUUCAUCUAUCUUUUAGAUCUCUUCUCUUGAAACUUUUUGAAAAAAAAACGCAAGAGAGAUCUCAAAAGAGGCACACGGUGUGAUAUCUCUUAGAAAUCUAAGGGAUAUCUUUUUCCAUUCAAUUUUUUCAGGUAGUAAUACUGGAAAGUGUACACGCGAGCUAAAUUAAGUAAACUUAUUUAAUGUGCUAAGCGCUCUUCCGGCUGAUGCGUGCGGUGCGUCGAGCACGCACUCGAGUGCACCUGCGAGGCGGAGAUCCUCUUCUCCUCUUCGAUCUGCGGGCGAGCGAGCGAGCUCCGGUAUCCCAGUUCUCUCAGUCCGCUCGCGGAACGCGUCCGUUGCGAAACCUCGAGGAACGAAUCGUGCGCCCGACGCGAGCGUAACGCACGGCCGCCGACAAUGUUAUCGCGCGCGCCGGAAUUAAUCACCGUUAAUUAUUGCACGCGCGCGCCUAUCGGCCGGCCUUAGAAUCACCGGCGUCUUUUCGAAUUUCCCUGACGAUUUUCUCCGCGAUUUUUUUUCCGCGACCAUCUCUCGGAAACUCUCGUACUUCGAGCACAGUUGACUCCUCAUUCUCGACACGCGAUCGCCAGAUCCACACGACUUCGAGUCAGCGUCGACUUGUCUGUCACUCUGCGACGCGGAAAAAACGUUGAAUCGGGAGGAGAGAAAUUUUCGAGGACUCUUGUUAUUUGUCGCGAGCGAACAUGACGAGCGUGCUGUAUCCUGAAGUUUUAAAUACCAUCCCGCAGGAUGACAGGAGCUGUCGCAGCGACGAUUCCGGUGGCGAGGUGUUCAGGAACAUCCCGAAGAACAGUAGCAUCUUCCGAGUCUGGAAAAUCGAGGGUCUACGCGCGACGGUCGUAAGCGGCAGCAACAUGGGCCUCUUCCUCUCCGAGUCGGCGUACAUCGUUUACGCCGUGUCCGCAAAGGACGGUGCACUUCCUUACCCGAGCAUGCCGAUCAAAGAUCUGAAGGACACCUCGGUGGUGCGCGCCAUCCACUUCUGGAUCGGCGCCAACUGCGACUCGACGGUGUCCGGCGCCGCAGCGCUCCGCGCCGCCGAGCUCGACUCGCAGACGUCGGCGAUGAUCCUGACGCGCGAGGCGCAGGGCCGCGAGAGCCCGCGGUUCCUCGCCUACUUCCGGCAUCGGCUGGUGGUGGAGAACCUGCACCACGAGCCACCCGACUGCGCGCUGCACCGCGUCUCCGGGGUGGCCGUGCCGAUCCUGACCGAGCUGGAGAGGGUCCACUGGGAGCACUUCAGCUGUAGGGACGUCAUCCUGGUGGACGUCCGCGCAAAGGGUGUCAUUUUCCUGUGGCUUGGGUCUUUGUCAGAUCCCCUGCACAAACGUCACGCGGCCAGUCUCCUGGAGUCGCGAAAGGAGAACAACAACGGCCGGGUGGUGGUGGUCGAGGACGGCUACGAGCAGACCCUACCCGUAGACGACAAGGAGCUCUUCAGUAGCGUGCUCAACCCCUCGGCAAGGAUAGUGGCGCCCGAUCGCCAGCACCGCGUCAACCCUCCCAGUCCCAUCAAGCUGUACAAGUGCAGCGAGCAGUCGGGCAAGUACAAGGUCGCCGAACUCAAGUCCGGCCCGGUCCUACGCGGCGAUCUGACUUCCGGUGCCGUGUAUUUAAUAGACCGGGGUGAGGCCGGUGUUUGGGCCUGGGUGGGCCGCGAUGUCAACGCGCGGGAGAGAUUGGAAGCCGUAAGAAACGCGCGGGGCUUCGUCAAGAAGAAGGAUUACAGUGAUGGAGUGCCGGUAGCCAGGACGACGGAGGAUCACGAACCUGCGGAGAUGAAGGCGCUACUAAGGGGCUGGGAACCUUCCAAGACGAGGCCGUUGACUUUGCCGACGAGCUUCGAGCCCGAUUACAUGAACGAAAGGCCCAGGAUGGCGGCCGAGUGCCAGUUGGUGGACGACGGAUCCGGCGAGCGAACUUUGUGGAAGGUCGAAUUGAAGGAAGGCAUGGUACAGAUGGAAGACGACAGGGGAAUCUAUUACGCGGAGGCCUGCUACGUGAUGCUGUACAAGUACGGACAAGGACGAAGGUGUCGAAGUAUUGUUUACUGCUGGGAAGGUGUCCACUCUAUCAAGGUGGAUCGAGAUGCAGCUUUGACAGUGGCUUGCCGUCUAUGUGAAGAAACAAACGCGCAAUUAGUUAAAGCGUCCCAAGGCAGAGAACCGUCUCAUCUAUUACAAAUCUACGAUGGGAAGCUCAAGAUACUCGCCGGACCUCAUCGUAAUUCGCCGCCGAAGAAGUAUCUGGUCAGGGUGUUCGGCUCGACGCCGUACACUUCGAAAGCCGUGGAACGCCCGUUACGGGCGAGCAGUCUGGACUCCAGCGCGGUGUUCAUCCUCUUCUCCGGCGCGCCGGUCGUCUGGUGCGGCGGCAAGAGCACCGGCGACGCGAGGCAAACGUCGCGACGCCUCGCACCCAGAAACGCGCCCCUCAUCGCCGAGGGUAAGGAGGACGACGACUUCUGGGCCGAGCUUGGAGGAAGAGGAACGUACGGCACGGAGGCCGAAGAGGUCGGCGAGGAGCUGAACAAGCAUCUGUUUCAAUGCCGCACCGAGAACGGUCUCUUCGUAGGCGAGCAGAUCCUUGGGUUUCGACAGAACUCUCUGGUCCCGGAGGCUGUCUGGCUGCUGGACGCCGGCGAUGUGAUCUGGGUAUGGAUAGGCAAGUUCUCCAAUCCAAAAACACUGCAGGAGUGCAUCGAGGACGCCACUAUAUAUCUCUACACUCAUCCCGCGGGCCGAAAUCGCAACACGACCAUUUCCGUGAUCAAACAAGGUUUGGAACCAGCUACAUUUAUCGGGCUGUUUGACAAUUGGAAUCAUAAUCUGCUGAGGGACUACAAGCCGUUCGAGAUGUUCUGCGCCCUGUUGGAGGACAGAGAUCAAUCGACGAGGACGCAGACGACCUCGAAGGCCACCACGGAUUUCGACAAUUACAUCAAAUAUCCACCGACAGUGCUGAAAAGCGAGCCAGAGAACCUACCGGCCGGCGUGGACGUCAGACGCAAGGAGAUGCACCUGACCUACGACAAUUUCAUCGCAAUCUUCAAAAUGGAACCAGCGGAAUUCGAGAAACUGCCGACCUGGAAGAGACAGCGUCUCAAGCAAGCCGCCGGGCUCUUCUAAUGUGCUCUCUUUUAAUCCAAAC